AGUCUUCCCUGUUUUUCUUUCCAGAUGAUUAGCUUGAAGCAAUCGCUAAAUAUAACUCAUGUGAUUUUUGAUAUGGAUGGUUUACUUAUCAAUACUGAAGUUGUGUUUUCGAAAGUAAACCAAUUCUUACUUUCAAAAUAUAAUAAGGAAUUUACUUCUCAGUUGCGGAGUCUGGUAACAGGGAUGCCAAAGAAGCCAGCUGUAGAACGCAUAUUGGAGCAUGAAGGAUUAUUGGGAAAAGUUGAUGUCGAUGAUUACUGUAAACAGUAUGAUGAAAUUGCGAAAGGAAUGUUACCAAACUGUCCAUUAAUGCCUGGCGCAUUGAAACUUGUACAGCAUUUGAAAUCACAUCAUAUACCGAUGGCUAUAUGUACUGGUGCUACCAAAAAGGAAUUUGAGCUUAAAACUCGCAGUCAUAAAGAGCUGAUUGAUUUGGUACCUGUGAAGCUUUUCUCAGGAGAUGAUCCCGAUGUUAAACAAGGAAAACCUGCCCCAGACCCAUACCUAGUUACAAUGAAUCGGUUUGCUGAAAAACCUGAGAAUCCAUUGAAUGUUCUUGUGUUUGAAGAUGCUACUAAUGGUGUGCGUUCAGCUUUAGCAGCUGGAAUGGCUGUUAUUAUGAUACCAGAUUUAAGUUAUAUGAUUGUGCCAAAUGAAUUGAAAAGCAAAAUUCUUUUUGUACACAAAAGUUUAGAAGAAUUCAAACCGGAAACUGUUGGUUUACCACCCUAUUCUGCAAACAGUAAUAAGUUGAGUUAA